AUUGCAAAAGAUCGUCAAGAACAGCAACCAGUGCGAAUAAAGGCGGUAGCCAAUGGGAUUACGCUUGAAAUCUGCCGGGGCAUUGACGACAGAACAGGGUGUCCAGUGCUCGAGGGAUUUUAUAUAGUAAAGAUUCUUUCAGAGAUCCUGGAAACGGGUUGUCCAAUCGGCUCUCGGAGGAGCGGAGUCCAAAGCACGAAGGGAGGCGUGGCCCAGGCUGAUUGUUCGGCCGGUGGGGUGCUCAUUUUGUUCGGCCGGUGGGGUGCUCAUUCCAUGUGGAUGUUCUGUGGAGCUGAAUGGGCAGGACCUCCUCGGCCGGUCGGAGGUCGCUGUAGCAUCGUGACAGCUGCUGCCGGAGAUGGCGGAAGCAGAUUUUCCUGCAACGCACCCCUCAGCCCCGCGGCUCUUCACCUGGGAAGAGAUCAAGCUCCGAGCAGGCAGGGAGCCGGAGCGGUGGCUGGUGAUUGAGAGGAAGGUCUACGACAUCAGCCACUUCCACAAGAGGCACCCCGGGGGCUCCCGCGUGAUCAGCCACUACGCGGGGCAGGACGCCACGGAUCCCUUCACAGCAUUCCACCUCGACAAGACUCUAGUUAGAAAAUACAUGAAGUCCUUGUUAAUUGGGGAGCUUGCAGCAGAUCAGCCCAGUUUUGAACCCAACAAAAAUAAACUGCUCGUAGAUGAUUUCCGUGAGCUCCGUGCUACUGUUGAGAAGAUGGGACUCCUGAAUCCCAACUAUCUCUUUUUUUUCCUGUACCUCCUUCACAUCUUGCUGCUGGAUGUGGCAGCUUGGCUCAACAUCUGGUACUUUGGGUCAUCCCUGAUGCCUCUUCUUUUCUCUGGAUUGCUGCUUGGCACUGUACAGGCCCAAGCUGGCUGGCUGCAACAUGAUUUAGGACACCUUUCAGUCUUCGGCAAAUCUAAAUGGAACCACUGGGUUCACAAAUUUGUGAUUGGACAUUUGAAGGGAGCACCAGCCAGCUGGUGGAAUCACUGGCAUUUCCAGCAUCAUGCUAAACCUAACUGUUUUCGUAAGGACCCUGAUCUCAAUAUGCAUCCUUUGUUUUUUGCAUUGGGAAAGAAGCUCUCUGUGGAGCUUGGCAUAAAGAAAAAGAAGUUCAUGCCUUAUAACCACCAGCAUAAAUACUUCUUCAUUCUUGGACCGCCAGCUGUGGUACCUUUCUACCUACAGUGGUACAUCUUCUACUUUGUUGUUCAGCGCAAAAAGUGGGUGGAUCUGGCCUGGAUGGUGACUUUCUACAUCCGGUUCUUUCUGACGUACUCAUACUUACUGGAACUGAAGAGUCUCCUUGGUCUUUUCUUUCUCCUCAGAAUCGUAGAGAGUCACUGGUUUGUCUGGGUGACACAAAUGAACCACAUCCCAAUGAACAUUGAUUAUGACAAGAAUGUGGACUGGCUUUCAACCCAGCUCCAGGCAACAUGCAAUGUAAAUCAGUCCCUGUUCAAUGAUUGGUUCAGUGGGCACCUCAACUUCCAAAUUGAGCACCACCUCUUUCCUACCAUGCCUCGACAUAACUACUGGAAGGUGACCCCCUUGGUGAAGUCCAUAUGUGCAAAACAUGGCAUUGAGUACCAAUCCAAGCCUCUGCUCACAGCCUUUGCGGACAUUGUACAUUCUCUGAAGGAUUCUGGGGAGCUCUGGCUUGAUGCAUACUUGCAUAAAUAAGAAGCAUGCGACAUCUCCCAUCCAUGCUGCCUCCAGCCAUUGGUGUCUUGAAGAGAAAAAGGGCCUGGCUUAAUAAGGCAUGGGCAGCUGGGUGAGCUGAAUUCUCGGACUGGGUGUGAUGUUUCAAGAUGUCUUGUUUCUUCCUCUUCACUCAUGCAUCGCCUGCUUCUCCUUUCUGCUCUUGAAGAUGCUGAGAUGUUUCCAAAAGUGCAUGUUCACCAGGAAGAAGACUUCAGGACCAGGAAACAACGCUCAUUUUUUUUACUGCCAUUUCAUUUGCUUCAUAUGUGGAGGGGAAACCUUAUGUAGGAAUCUCUAAGGCUUCUGUUGCCCUGUUUUCCAGCUUGCCUGGCUUCCUCAUAGAGUAAAAGAACCAAGGAUGUGGAGACAGUCUCAUGAGUGAGAAAGAGAGGAGAAGGGCUGGGAAAGGAGAAGAAAAUUCAAGGUCAGAGCAUAGGAGCUGCUGGUAGGAAUGUCAGAUAAGGCACCAAAGCUUGAAGUUGGGAAACAAGGCAUACAAGAGACUAGAGAAGACUACAGAAGCCAAACUGUUGUGUGGAUGAUUGUGAGAAGAGAAUAGCCAAAUACUGACACAAGCAUAUGUUCAAGGGCCAUGCUAGAGAGUGGCCGACCUAUUUUAACUAUGGAAAGCAACCUGGGCUAGGCUUUCUGUGCACAGGAGUCCAAGACAUUCCUGGGUGUACUUUUCACAGACAAAAAAGAGCCUUAAUUGCUAACAUGGCACUAUUACCACUCCACAGGACCACAUUUUGAAAGGAGAAUAAUGAAUGUCUGUGGAUGGAUGGACUGACUGAUUAUACUGCCAGAGAGAAAUUAGGGCAAGUGGAUGCUUAAGACCCUUGGCUUACAUACUAAUAUACUUCUAGAGGUUUAGGAGGAGGACCAAAUAAUAUAUUUUCCAUAACUGGAACAGCACUCUUUCUAUAUUGCUCAGUACGGGCUCUUUCUACAUCACAUACCUGAUUAUACUAAUUCUGUCCUACAGACCUCUGGAGUGUUUGCUACUAUAGCACAGAGUGUCCCCAUGAGAACAAGUAAGUCCAGAGCAGGCAUUCUCAAAGCUGCCAUAGUCUCUCUCUCUCUUUCUCAGUGAUGGGGGUAGGGAAGUGAAGUUGGAGUCUUCUCAUGUCUAUUUCUCUCAGCAUCUGUUUGUUUAUGCAGUCUGUUUUUAUGGGGAAAAGGCCAUCAUGAGGUUUCUGUAAUUCUUUCAUGGCUACUUAUUCACACAAAGGUUUUCCCACGUGGUGAAACAGACUUGAGGCAGUUUAGCCACUGCAAAUGAAUGCCCCCUCAUUUUGACAUUGGUUCCCUAUACAAUUUGACUGUAUCAACGUUCUCUAACAGCUGUGAGACGUAUCUACUGGAUCUUCCUCUUCUUCCUGGUCCUAAGGGACAUGGCAGGAAGGUUCAAAGGCAAGUAAGAUUCACAUUUCCCAAAGGAGAGACCACAUGGAAGCAAAAACUUACUGCAUAAUUACCUGCAUAAUUUUUAUUUUUUUGCAUAGCAGUGAUUUAGGAGAAAGGGAGCUAAGCUGAGAAGCAGAGUAGAACUCCAGUCAUAAUGAAAAUCUGUCACCAAACCCACAGCCAAUGGGUAUUAUUUUUCUCAGGGAGGCCUGCCUGCUAGUGCUCUGAGACCCAUAGCUCUAGAGAGUAGCGGGGACCCUUUGGCAAGCUUUAAAUCGUUAACAUUCCAGCACAAAGAGGGUAGUGGUACAGCCUUCUAAACAAGCCAAUAUAUCACACCUCUGAUUCUGUCUUGUAUUAUGUGCCUCCUAGGACUGCUUUGGGGGAACAAAGCAUGCUGAAGUGGAUUGCCAUCAUAGCCUUAUGCUAUUUGAUAGCUUCCAUAUAAGAUGAAAUAGCACAACUGCCAAAUUAGGCAUGUGGGGUAGCACUGGGCAUCAUGUUCAUUAAAAAUGAAGCCCUGAGUCUCUGAAGGAUCUUUCGUUUUGGAGCCUCUGUUCUUUUCUUCUGUGAGCUGAUUCCAACCUCUUUUUCUUCACCAUCUUCUGACCUUAUGUGAGCAAGUGUGUGAUGUAAGAUGGCUUCCUUCUGAUAAACCUUUCCUGAUGUCACCUGUUGUAAUCUGCCAACAAGCCCGUUGUAGCUUCAAAAUGACACCAAAAUAGAUGAGAUGAUGGAGACCCACGAUUGGAUUGGGAAUCACUGUGCAGAAGAAAGAAGAUGAACCCUUCACCCCAGCUGCUGUUUGUCACUAAGGAAAAUGUACAUGUGCACAGGCUGUACCAUUACUUUUUUUCCCUAAAGGAGCAAACACACACACAAACACACACACACAACAUAUUCAAUGGGAAAACAGCACAGGGGAGAAGUAUUAAGGCCCCCAGCACUGCAGCUCUGAUUUGGAUCACCACAUGAAUAGUUGGCUAUAUGCCAGCUUUUAAGAGAUCACAGAUCUCUGUUGCCUUGUCUAGCUUGGCCCUGACUGUAGAAGUGAUGUGGCCUUUACAGGAAUGUGGCAAAGGAUCAAACACAACCCUCCCCCCGUGCUUAUUAUUAAAAUUAAAAAGAGGAUGGGAAGUCUGGAGAUAGUGUCUGCCCUAUGGAUGAAAACUGGACGUAUUCUCUUCUGUGAAUUUUUUGAUGGGGAUAACUAAACUGCAAUAAAAUCAUAAUGUAAGUGUUGAAUAAAGAAGAGUAGGUUAA